ACUCGGGCAGUACAACAACGCAAUUUUGGCAAAAUAUAAAGGGGGAAAACGUGAAUCCACCUGACUAUACCAGUUUAAAGCCUCAUUCAUUAUGUAUGCUUCGAAAGCAAUUUCUUUAACUUUUACACUCAGAUUCAUACACACCCCUUAAAAUGAACAUUCUUGUAAACCCGCAUAGCGUUGUGCUCUGCUGCAGUUUCGUCCACGUUGCUAAAAUAUGACACAUCGACGUCAUCUCUAUGUACCAUAAUUCAUGAAACCCCACAAACGUAACACCCAUACUACAAAACGUUAAUUUACAAAUUCAUGUAUAUUAUGCAUCUUACGAUCCCUGUUGCCUUUUUUGUAACAUUCUCCUCCAUAUGUUGUUACAGAAUGGACUUACACACCAUUAGAACAACGAAGCCGGACUCACCGUAUUAUCGCCCCCCACCCCUCCAAGUUCAGGUGUUGGCAAUCCAGGACCAAAACAAAGUCAUCUCCUGGGAGUUCAACGAUAAUAGUGCCAAACCCAAUUUGACAAAACACAACAAAAUUGCGGCCGUGACUGAUGGGAAAACUGUUACAAAAAUAACGCUGUAUGAAGAUAUUACAACUAAAAUUCAAUUAGGCCAAAACUACAUGAUAAGAAAUUACACAUUAACUGGACAGUCACCACCCUACUAUAUCACAAUCACAAAAUCAACACAGUUUUUCAGAGCAGCUCCAGUGACAAUCACUGAAGCUCUGAUACAAGAAGGAGAAGCCCUGCUAAACCCACACUCAGCAAUCAGCCCCCUAGCUGUCUGUGGUGACACAGUCAACUUUAUAACAGUUGAAGGAGAGGUUACUGAGGUGUCAGCUGUAAAAAAGGUGAGCAAAGGAAGGGAAGCCAUGCCACUGAAGAACAUUACACUUCAGGAGAACACAACGCAGGUAGUGUUGUGCCUGUGGAGGGAGGCGGCUGUACAAGACGUGAGGCUUGGGUCACACGUUAAAGUUUCUCACCUAAAAUCCCGUAAAAGCAGCUAUGGACUCCAGCUACAUUCCACGACAUUUACAAUGUUUGAGGAGAUCAAAACAUCAACAGACGAAAUGGCUGAAGUGGUAGGAGUGAUGGAGACAGACACCCCAGGCAUCCUCCAGCUCCUUAUGGCCAAUAAUGAAGUCUGCCAAAUUGAGGCAGAAAAAUGGUGGCCAUUUGAUGCGCAACUGGACAAAGGACCAGUACAUGUCCACGUGUGCAAAGAAGGGAAACAAAUAGUUUCCCUACAUCAUGUUUAAAAUAAUUCAGAAAUGGUUAUUAUAUAGUUCUACUGUAAUUUAUUUAUGAUUGUUCCAGUGCUGUGUUCUGUUCAUUUCACUAUAAAGCCCUUUGUUAGAUGUCUUUAUUUACUAGUCCAUACUUUGUAAUGAAUGUUAAUUAAAAUUGUUUUUGUUGUUUAAUUAAUAUUGUUAAUAAAUUUUUUCCCAUUCUAAUAAUAAUAAUGUCACAUGUUGAAUAUCACACACUGGCAAGU